AGUUGUGUUGACAGGAGCGGCAGGAGUUGUCAGCGGAACAGCAGCAGCAGCCAGCUUCACCGGAGACGAAUGGAGUAAUCACAAAAAUACUACCACAGACAGCGUCUCUGUUAUUGUCCAGAAGCACUGAUCACACCGUUCAAACUACCACCAUGGCAGACGACCAGUCCUCUCAGUCCUGGUCCAUCGACAAGGACGACUAUGAGCUCAAUGAGGUGAUAGGGAGUGGAGCCACUGCAGUUGUCCAGGCAGCCUACUGCAAGCCGAGGAAGGAGAAGGUGGCCAUCAAACGCAUCAACCUGGAGAAAUGUCAAACUAGCAUGGACGAGCUCCUGAAAGAGAUUCAGGCGAUGAGCCAGUGCCACCAUCCAAACAUUGUGUCUUAUUAUACCUCCUUUGUGGUGAAGGAUGAACUGUGGCUGGUGAUGAAGCUGCUCAGUGGUGGCUCAGUGUUGGACAUCAUCAAGCACAUCAUCUCUCGUGGCGAGCACAAGAGUGGAGUGCUGGACGAGGCCAGCAUCGCCACCAUCCUGAAGGAAGUGUUGGAGGGGCUGGAGUACCUGCACAAAAACGGCCAGAUUCAUCGGGAUCUAAAGGCUGGAAACAUUCUUCUCGGGGAUGAUGGCUCAGUGCAAAUUGCUGACUUUGGUGUGAGUGCCUUUCUAGCAGCAGGGGGAGACAUGACGAGGAACAAGGUUAGGAAGACGUUCGUGGGAACGCCAUGCUGGAUGGCUCCAGAGGUCAUGGAGCAGGUAGGAGCUUUGCUUUACAGAUGGCUUCUUUCUGUUCUGUCUGUAAUGCCUCAGCUCGGAUAUGAAAGGGCCACCUGGGUUCACAUGCGUCUGUUUUUUUUGUCUUUUUUUAAUCUGCAGGUUCGUGGAUAUGACUUCAAAGCGGACAUCUGGAGUUUUGGGAUAACAGCUAUUGAACUGGCCACUGGGGCUGCACCUUACCACAAAUACCCACCGAUGAAGGUGCUGAUGCUGACUUUGCAGAACGACCCUCCCUGUCUGGAGACGGGCAUCACGGAUAAGGAAAUGGUGAAGAAGUACGGCAAGUCCUUCAGGAAGAUGCUCUCACUGUGUUUACAGAAAGAUCCUGAAAAAAGGCCAACUGCUGCUGAAUUGCUGAAGCAUAAAUUCUUCACAAAAGCCAAGAACAAUGAGUACUUACAGGAGAGGCUCCUACAGAAAGGUCCGACAAUUACAGACAGAUCUAAAAAGGUGCGUCGGGUGCCCGGCUCAAGCGGCCGUCUACACAAAACGGAGGACGGUGGGUGGGAGUGGAGUGACGAUGAACUGGAUGAGGAGAGCGAGGAGGGCAAAGCUGCUGUGGCGGCUCUGCGGUCACCCAGAGUGAAGGACGGGUCCCAGAACAUGGAGCUUUUCCCGCCAGCAGAUGGCUCCGCACCGACUCUGCAGCCACCCGUUGCAGUGCAUGAGAAGUCUGCCACCGUGGGUCCAACAAAAGAGGAUGUUCCACCACCACAGGCUCCGACUCAGACAGCGAGCCCUUCACACACACCUGCUGUUCAGGACCCACCUGCCUCGACCAGCGUUCCUAUCAGCCUCGUCCUGAGAUUGAGGAACCUUAAGAAGGAGCUCAAUGACAUUCGGUUUGAGUUCAUGCCUGGCAGAGACUCUGCUGAUGGAGUUUCUCAGGAGUUAGUCUCAGCUGGUCUGGUUGAUGGGAGGGACUUAGUCAUUGUCGCUGCCAAUUUGCAAAAGAUUGUUGAUGAUCCUCAUAGUAACAAAAAUGUGACCUUCAAACUGGCAUCUGGUGUGGAGGAGUCUGAAAUUCCUGAUGACAUUAAACUCAUUGGAUUCGCGCAGCUCAGCAUCAGUUAAGUCAAGUAGAGCCAGCAACAAAGGACAGAAGCAAAUGGUAUUGCACAGCUGCAUUGUAGUCAAUUCCAAGAAACCACUACUGCCAAAGAGAGGAGGAGGAUUAUGAGGAUAAGGAGGAGGAGGAGGAGGAGGAGACGUGAGGCUGGCAGCAGUGUGACACUACUGCAGGAUGCAUGAGGACCACAUUGAGGGGUUCAGUUCAUCACCGGAAUCACACUUGAAAAGUUUACAGUGCGCUUAUACAGUAAACGGGAGAAGAAAUGCAAUCAACUAUAUCAAAUCGUAAUUUCUUUAUCUCUUUUUUUUUUCUUCCUCUUCAUACACAAGCACAAUCCAAACCAUCUCCUGCCAGUACUGGAAAUGAUUGCCUUUUAUUUUUUUUUUCUUUAAAAAAAAAAAAAAAAAAAAAAAAAAAAAAAAAUCAACUGUGCCACAAAACUCAUGGGAGUAUCGUGCCACCUUUAUAUGGCACUUUAUGCUGCACUGAAAUUGAAAAGUGUAAGUUCAGCCUUAGUUACUAUAGACUUUACCAGUGUGAUUGGUGAAAAAUUAAGUCAGUCUGUGAUUAUUAGGUGUAUUCUAUGAAAAUCCCUUCACUUUGAUACAGAAACCUUCUAAACACUCUGUAGCAUAGUUUUUGUUUUGUAAUUCUCUAAGUUCAAAUGAAUUUAAACUCAAAACCUUAAAAAGAAUCCGUUCUCCUGUAUAAGGCGGCCCACGGCAGUUCGAUGAAUUCUCUCCUCCACUGUAUCGGUGUCAUGUUUUUGUCAGAACAAAAAAGGAGUGUCAGAUCAGCUGUAAAAACUUGAUAAUUAUUUACAAUAGAACACUUAGUGAGAUGGUGUUUUCCUGAGAUAUUAAAGACAGGAUUAUUUUCACAGAUUGAGACCUGCCUGAUAUUCUUAUACUAUGCAAUAGCUGUUUUCUUUUCACCGUGUGUGACCACCGGUUGCUAAUAUUAUUUCUCUUGUGUUGAAUAAAACCACUUUCUGUGCUCGUACCUCAAAAAAAAAAGAAGUUCAUGAAGAGUCAACCAACAAAAGCGGCAGCUCUCAGAACCUGCAGCGAGAAUUUUACUUUCAUUUCAACAAAUACGUCAGCAAACUAACAUAAAAAAACAGACAGACACGGGUAAUGAUAGAUCAUUUUCUGCGUUCCCCUUUAAGUUAGAGCCUUUAAAUGACUGAUCUGACAGCUGGGAAGAAUCCUGAAUGCUGGUUAUGAGUGUCGAGCCCCAGUCGGCUCAUGUUACAGGCUGACUGCUGAUGAACUUCUGUGGAGGUACGCAUGUUGAAAAACUGAAAAUGCUCUUCCAAUGCAAAAUAAAACUGCGAGGGGCAGUUCACCCAGUUCGAAGAUCAAAUUUGUCAUCAGCCAAGCAGAUAGUUUUGGACUUACUGUUGAGAUUUUGAGAGAUGUGAGAGUUUUACUGCAGCCAGAUACAAUGGAAAUAAAUGGACUCUGGAUAGUAUGGAUAGCAGUGAUUUUUUUUUUUUUAAGUCAAUAACUCAAAAACUACUGAAUGAAACACCAUGAAUUGAGUUCACUAAAAGACAAAUCCUGUUAAAAUUAGCGGUCAGAGUUUCAUUUUAUCUGUGAAACCUCACCAUCUUGAUUGGCACAAGAGUUUGUGGUUCUUAGACGAUUAAAUUUAAUGACUUUCUCCAGCAAGAUGACGUUUUUGCUUGUUAGAAAACCACACAUUAAUGAAUGGGCUGCCAUUAAAGACACGAGUAGAACUCUUAAUACUCUGAUUUUUUUUUCCCUGUAGCACCACAAUGAAGUCAAAAUUUCAAUUUUCCCCAAUACUUUCUUUGCUGUUAAUUAGCAAACUCCAGCUACCUGCGAAAUAUGAGCAUGUUAGAAUUCUGACAUUAUAUUUAGCUCAGUUUAAUCCCACUGAGCUGCUUGUCUGACAGUAAACUUGCUUUUAAUGCCAUGAGCUCCGCUCGCACAACUCCAUCCACCUCCACUGUAUUGAGGAGCUGCAGUAUUAACCCUUGGAUGCACAACAUGGGUCAAGAGAUACCCAUUUUCCAUUGAAUAUGGGUCACUUUUGACCCAUGUUGUGCAUCAAAGGUUACAACGAAUCUCUUAAAGCCUCAGUAAAUCAAUCCAAACCUAUCAGCAUGGCUGCGUACCACUAUUUUCAUAUAUUGGGUGAAGUAACCCUUCAAAUGUCUUCAGAAACCAGUUCUUAUAUUAGUUGUUUUUGUCACUAUUCAAGUUAGUUUGACAGCACUGUAGUCUCUUUGCUUUCUAAACACUCACCAAGGAAAUCACUCGUCACUCCCAGUGUAGCUGUAUGGUUGUUUUGUACCACGUGCAAAGGGCUGUGAUGUAGCUCCUAGUUCAGGUACCGAUGUAAAUGGUGUAUGUAAAGAUGUUGUAAAUGUACAUAUGAUGGCAACUCCAAGCACUGUCACACAAACAUCAUGAGGUUUGUAUGUAACGAUGUAGAUGCAUUGACUGUUGAAGUGUACAUGCCAGAUAAAACAAACAAAAAAAGAAAUAUUUUACUUGUAAAUAUUGAUUAAGGCAAACCGAUUGAGACUCAUCUUGUUCAGUCCACAGCAUUUGAUUUGUUUUGUAGUGUUUUUCCACUAUUGGCCUUUUUGUCAGAGCGUCACUAAUCAUGCACAGAUUAUUAGUUCAAUUGACACCUUAUUGAUACGUUAACAUGCAUAUUUUGGAAUCACAUGGGGCUUGUAAUCACACUCUGUUUUGAUGUCAUGAUAUGCAGCUUUUCUCACUGAAACCAGGCUAAUGGAUAAAGAACAUUAUUUUAACCAGACGGACGGCACAAGUCACACUUUUCUCUCUCCCUGUGUGUUUGUGUGUGCGUGUGAUUUGGUGAUGAAACGAUUGAUCGUCAAAGAGUUUGUGCUGAAAGUCACCUCGACUUUCUAAAUUUCUUUCUAUUUUAUUGUUUACUCAUAAAAACAAAACCUCAUUCUGCCUCUCCUGAAUGAUUUGUAUUAAAUUAACUGAUUGGCAAAUACA